GCUGAUUUUUGUGCGUGCGUUCGUCGCUUGUUUCUCUAAUUUUCGUGUUUAAGUGCAUUUCUACGACUAAUUAUGGGUGCACAAGUGAAUGCGGCAGAGUUGCUGCAACAGGCCCUUAGCUCAAACAUCAUUCCCAAUCAGGAGUUUUUAUUGCAAGGCUCUAUCCUCGACUCGGCCGCCGAAAAUCUACUGCACCGAUUACGGGGCCUGUGUGAUAAUGUGGAUGCCAGUCCGGAAACGUUCAGCGACAUCGAGAUGUGCUUUAGCCUCAAGCUACCGAGCGAAAAGGCCCCGGUCAUGACCGUCAGGGUGCGGCGAGCACAGGAUGUGGAGGCACCGCUACAGCUACGCUACAUCGGUCAACCGGAACUGGGCGAUCGGACACGGCCGACGCUCGUGCGAAGUAGCCUCGAUAUCGCCUGCACCCCGCACGUGAUCGAUUUCCUUACCGAGAUGGGCUUCCGGCUGGACUUUGAGUACUCCACCAAGGGUUACAUGUUCCGGAAGGGUCGCAUGAAGAUUACGGUGUCGAAGAUUCUGAAAAACAUGACCGAACCCAUCUCCCAAAGCUACCUCGUCGAGCUGUCCGUGCUGGCACCGAAAGGGCAGGAUGCGAUCGCCGAAGAUAUGCGCAUCUUCGCAGAGCAGCUGAAACCGCUCGUGCAGCUCGAGAAGAUCGACUACAAACGGUUCGCCCAGAUGCCGUGAGCAUUUCUCUUUUUAGGGUUUUUAUUGAAACAAUACGUAUAUAUAUAUAUCUCUCAUCGCAUAAAAAUUUUUCACCAAUAAAAGACGCAUAUUUUUUGUUCUUCUUCAUAAAACUAA